GUCAAAAUUGAGAAGAAGCUCAUUCAAUCAAAAUUUGAUGUAUAAUUUUUUUUUGUAACAGCAGUUUUUUUACGACAAUAACCUUAAGAAACCAAUACUUAACUGGGUGAAUAACACUGAUUUUCAGAAAUUUACUAGAUGGAACACUAACAAUAAAAUUGGAUUUUAUAUGAUUAUAACCAGUCUUCGAAGAUAAUGAGUAAUAAAUUGAUUGUUUCUUUGAUAGCAAUUAUUUUUGCACCUAUGUCCCAUGGUUGGAAUUAUAAGGAACAAGAUAAAUGGCCAGAAGCAUGCCAGGGAGCAAUUGCACAAUCUCCUAUCGACCUAGACGAAAGCCAUAUGGUUAAGCUUGCGAUGAAUCCAUUCAUGUUAAGAAAUUGGGACGAAGAAUACAACGCCACAAUGACAAAUAACGGCCACACAAUUCUUGUCGAGUUAGCCAGCAGGCAGCCUUUAGCAAUAACUGGAGGAGGCUUACCUGGGCAAUACAAGCUAGUCCAGUUUCACUUUCAUUGGGGAGCUGAACACACCGUAGAAGGAAAACGGAAAGCUUUAGAAUCGCACUUCGUAGCUCACAACACCAGAUACAGAUCUGCUGUUGAAGCACAGAAGUAUCGAAAUGGACUUGCAGUGAUAGCUGUUUUAUAUGAUGAAGCUGACAGACAAAACGAUGAGUUCAACCCCAUAGUUGAAAAUUUGCAGAAGAUCAGAAAAACCAAGCAAAAGACUGUCAUUAAAAUUAACCCAUUAAAACUACUGCCUAAAGAGCUCACAACAUUCUAUAGAUAUUUUGGAUCUUUGACAACUCCUGACUGUAAUGAUGUUGUGGUGUGGACAGUAUUGAGUAAUGUGGUACCCAUUUCUCGCGAUCAGGUCAAAAAAUUUGCAACGAUUGAGGACCAUGAAGGAAAAAAAUUGUUCCGGAAUUAUAGGUUUGUACAACCACUCAACGGAAGAACUGUUUUUGAAAUACAUACUGACGAAUGUCCUUGCUAACA